AUGGUGAUGUGUUUAAGUUAUAUAUUAGUUGGCCAUGAAGAAUUGCACGCAGUUAUUAGGAAAUUAAUUAUACAACAAAUGAAAGAAAAGAAUUAUUCAAAAUAUGGAAAAGAAGAAUUUGUUGACUGUGUUGCAGAGCUUUAUUGUAAAACAUCAAAAUCGAAUCGUCUCAGAAAACAGGCAUCCGAAACAGAAAUAAUGGCUGCAUGCGAUGUACUUAAAACCAAAAUUUACAUUUUUCAAGCUGAUAACCAAAAAUGGUUAAAAUGGACACCAACUAACAUACAAUGUCAAACUGAAACAGCCAUUUAUCUUCAACGUAAUUUUGAAAAAAAUCACUUUGAUGUAGUGUUGGACGUGCAAUAG